AUGCGGCCUUUCUCUUCCUUAUGCCUGCUGAUACUGGCAUUUCUGGGGGUGGUCUCCGCCAGAAGUGCCGUGGGAAACAGACUGUUGGUCGUCUUGGAGGAUGAAUCGCAGAAGAGUCUAUAUUCGAAAUUCUGGGCAGAUUUAGAAGCUCGGGAUUUCAAACUGUCCUUUGAAUCACCGCGAAACGAUGCAUUGUCUCUAUUCAGACAUGGAGAACUUGCAUUCGAGCAUGUGCUCUUAACACCUCCCAAGUCGAAGGGCUAUGGCCCAUCGUUAACGCCGAAACUCCUCCUCGAUUAUGUCAAUGCAGGCGGAAACGUACUACUGGGACUCUCCGCCGAAUCAGGCACACCCUCUGCCAUCUCGUCUCUCCUACUAGAAUUCGACAUUACACUUCCGACAGACAAGAACUCGGUGGUCGUCGAUCAUUUCAACUAUGACACUGCCUCUGCAGGCGAGAAACAUGAUGUCCUGCUGGUCAGCCGAUCGAACCCCUCAAGAGCAGAUGUGGUGAACUUUUUCGGAGGAAGUGGACUGUUGGCCCUCCCACAGACAGUCGGACAGACUCUUGGAAACACGAGCCCACUUGUUGCGCCCAUAUUGAAGGCUCCGGUGACUGCAUACGCAUGUAACCCCAAGGACGAUGCGGAGAGUGUUGAAGACGUGUUUGCGACUGGCUCGCAGCUGUCUCUCAUCUCGGCUCUUCAGGCACGCAACUCCGCACGCUUUGUGGUGCUGGGAUCCCUUGAAUCGCUCCAGGACAAAUGGUUUGAUGCCUCAGUCAAGACACCAGACGGCAAGAGCGUAAAAACCGUCAAUAGGGAAUUCGCACAGCAAUUGACGGAAUGGACUUUCAAGGAAGUUGGGGUUCUGAAAGUGAUAGAUAUCAACCACUACCAAAUCACUCCAGCCACCAAAGCGAACCAGAAUGCGACUCAAAUCGGUGAUUCGAACCCGGAGAUCUAUCGAAUCAAAAACGACGUGAAAUUCAACAUCGAAAUCGCCCAAUGGUCACGCACACACUGGACACCAUUCACACUACCGUCCACCACCGACGCCGUUCAACUCGAAUUCAGCAUGCUAUCACCCUUCCAACGCCUAGCACUCAGCCCGUCCGCUUCCCCACCAUCCCCCAACAGCACAAUCUACACCACGACCUUCACGACUCCCGACCAGCACGGCAUCUUCGCCUUCAAAGUGAACUACAAGCGGCCGUGGCUGACAAGCAUCGAGGAGAAGCGGCAGGUCACGGUGCGCCACUUCGCGCACGACGAGUGGCCGCGGUCCUGGGCCAUCAGCGGGGCGUGGCCUUGGAUCACCGGCCUCUGGAGCGUCAUUGGUGGCUUCUUGGCUUUCGUUGCCCUCUGGCUCUAUUCGGAACCCCCGAAGGGUCAGAGUGAGAGUGAGAGGAGACGGAAGUUGAGCGUUAGUGCGCCGGCUAAAUAA